AUGUGGUUCGGAAGACAUGCCCCCGCAGAAGAAGCUCCUGCUGCUGGAGAUGGGGAGGCAGAGGAAGCUGGAGCAGCCGCCGGCCCCGCCGCCGCCGCUGCCGUGGUCGUCCGGGAGGAGCCGGGAGAUGAAGCGGCUGGACCUGCCACCUCAGGUCAGGUGAGCCACAAGCGGAAGGCCGGCCCCGGAGGACCCCAGGCAAAAGUCCCCCGUAGGAAAAAGGGCAAGGACCAGUCCAGAUCCAUUUAUGAGUCUCUUUUCCUGAGGGGCGAGGAGAGUGACGUAAAGAUCUGUGCGUUUGAGGAGGAGUGGUGCUUGCACAGGGUCUACCUGUGCCGGUCAGGGUACUUCGCUAGCAUGUUCAGUGGUGCCUGGCGAGAGACAAACAUGACCACCAUAGAGAUGGAGAUGCCUGACAAGAAUAUCGACCGUGACUCUUUCCAUCAGGCUUUGGGCUACUUGUACAGUAACAGGGUGGAAAUUCCUCCCUGCCGAGUCGUUGCCAUCUUGGCCACAGCAAGUAUGCUGCAGUUGGAUGGCCUAAUUCGGCAGUGUGAGGAGGUGAUGAUGGUCUCAGUCAAUAUCAAGACUGUGUGCACCUACUACUACUGCGCUGAGAAUUACGGGCUGCAGAACAUCCUAUACAUUUGCCGCCAGUGGCUCUUAGACAACCUGAUGAUCCAGCAGAAUGAUGAGCUCUUGCCGGAAAUCAGUCUGGAUCUCAUGAAGCAGCUCAUUGCCUCUUCGGAUCUCUUGGUGAUUGGAGUGGAGAUAGAUGUAUACACGACACUGAAAAAGUGGAUGUUCCUGCAGCUGGAACCCACAUGGUCAGGACCCCCAAGUGCGCUGUUGGCCGCUGCCGACGUGUGCUUUGCCAAGUACAAAAGUGAUUUAGAUGGUGCCCCUUUUCUGCAGACUGAUCAGGGGAGAGCCUUUGUGCCAGUGUUCCAGCAACUGAGGCUCUCCUACAUCAUCUGUGACCUGCCUUCAGCACACGUUAUUGACCAGGAUGCAUUGAUCCCGGCUACAUGGUUGACCCCAGUAUACAAAGAGCAGUGGCUAGCACUUCUUCUGGCAGAGCAGUCCAGGGAACUCGGGCCGACGGAUGUCCACGUGUCCGAUGUCCGUGAAAACAGCAUGCGGUGUGGACGCCAAAUUUGCACGGAUGAGCAGUGCAGCUGGAGCUGGUCUGGCUUCAACUUUGGCUGGGACUUGGUGGUUGAGUACAACAACAAGUGCAUUAUAUUCCGUCGCAGUGCACUGAAUAAGUCCUGUGGCCUCAGUGUCAGCUUACUGUGGCAGAGAAAAGUUGCCUUCCGUCUGCGCGUCAUCUCAUUGGACGAGACUGGAAGAGCCGUUUUCAGAAAGGACACAGACUAUAAUGUACUUUCCCUGAGAAAGAGCCAACGGCUAGAGGUGGUCAACCUAGAAAACGAAAACAUAACUUUCCCCAUUUAUGUGGCAUGUAACUUCCUGUAUCUUCCUGGAGAGAGCAGCAGUAGCUCGAACUUGGCCAUCGCUGACGAUCCACUUUGCAAGAAGAGUUUCGGUGGAAGGAAAGCCCAUAAAGUUCGAGAAUAUCUCGGAACGUAUGAGAAGCUCCUCCAAGCUACCAAACAUAAUCGUACAGUUACUGUGGCAACUUAUCCUGGAUCACCGCCUAUCAAUAUCUACAUAAUUUCUGAGAAUACUAGAAGAAUGGUAGAAGGAAACUGUCACCCGACCUAA